AUGGGAUCUUCAUUUUCGCAGACCAAACUGGAGAUGUCGGCUUCGUCGGAAAAUGAUCACUCUGGUUUGGUCAUUACUGGACUAGGUACCGAAUGGCCAUCUGUCUUAAUUCGCCCAAACGACCUGAAAGACUAUGCCUUGAAGUUUUAUUCCGAGGUGGAUUCCUGGCUCAAGACACUUCUAAAGAUCAACGACCAAACGGGCAUAGAGUCUCGAGCUGUUGUGGAUGUGUGGAACGAUCCUAGAUGGCAUUUCGACAAACCUCCGCCAGCAGAGGUUAUCGAUACAGUCUUUCGCGUACACGGAACCCGACUUGCAAAAGCGGCCGCUCUCAACGCACUGCAUGACGCCGGUAUCGACGCCACUUCCAUCACUCACAUUGUUUCAGUCACAGCUACCAAUUCUGGUAGUCCGGGAUAUGACCAGCUAGUUGCACGGGAGUUGGGCAUUCCCGAAACAACAGAACGAGUUCUUCUCAAUGGUAUUGGUUGUGCUGGAGGGCUUGCUGCUCUUAGAGUAGCAUCGGAUUUAGCCACUGCAGCUACUUAUCGAGGCCAGAAAGCUAGAGUCUUAGUCGUUGCCUGCGAAAUCUGCAGCAUCCAUAUUCGAGCAGAACUGCAUGCAGCAUCGGAGUCCAACACUAUCGGAAUCGGACCAGCUCUUUUUAGCGAUGGGGCAUCUGCCCUUGUACUAUGCAAUUCUCAUGCGCUGAGCCACACCACUCCUAGGAGGUUCGCCGUGGUUGAUUGGAGUACACACAUUGUUCCGGGAACGGAUCAAGAAAUGUCCUACAACGUGACAUCCCAUGGAUUUCAACUAUCACUGUCGAAGAACGUGCCAGCUCUUGCCUCGACUGCUGUGAAGGGACCUAUUCAAAAUAUGGCGAUGAAAAAUGAUGAUAUGAAUCCCGUCCCUCAGUCUGAGUUUGACUGGGCCCUUCAUCCCGGUGGCUCAGCUAUCAUAACAGGUGUUCAGAAGUCCUUGAGCCUGCCUGACCGUGCCUUGAUAGCAACGAACGAAAUCUAUAAGACACGCGGAAAUACAUCCAGUGUAUCCGUUCUUGCAGUACUAGACAAAAUACGUUCACUUGAAGAUCGCAGAAAGAAUGUCAUUGCAUGCAGCUUUGGCCCUGGUCUCACAGUAGAGAUGGUACAUUUGAAACAGUAUCUGUGA